GAGUAGCGAGGACAGCAGGAGGGAGAGCGCCUGCCUGGUCCCAGGACUCUGUUUACUUUCUCUUCUUUGCUCAGGAAGGCGGGUUAACCGGGACCGAGGAACACGCAGGCCCACCUGGGGGAAAUGCUCAUUCCAAGACCUUAACUUUUCAAAGCCCUUUGUUCCAAACGUUAGUGUGGACGAUGCUCUUACAGGAUGCCUUUCCUUUUGGGUCUUAGACAGGAUAAGGAAACCUGUGUGGGUACCAACAAUCAGAGCUACAUUUGUGACACAGGACACUGCUGUGGACAGUCUCAGUGCUGCAACUACUACUAUGAACUCUGGUGGAGGCCUGACAGUGCCAGCUUUGACCAGGUGGGCGCCAUCUGGGGACUGCUGUGUUGGGAAAGCCGCUGCUCUGGGUGGUGCUCACGGCGCCUGUGUGCCUCUCUGCCUCGCCUCCCUGCCCCCAGGGUUCUGGCUGGUGUGGACCAUCAUCAUCAUCCUGAGCUGCUGCUGCGUGUGCCACCACCGCCGAGCCAAGCAUCGCCUUCAGGCCCAGCAGCGGCAGCAUGAAAUCAACCUGAUUGCCUACCGGGAAGCCCACAAUUACUCAGCGCUGCCCUUUUAUUUCAGGUUUUUGCCAAACUAUUUACUACCUCCUUAUGAGGAAGUGGUGAACCGACCUCCGACUCCUCCCCCACCGUACAGUGCCUUCCAGCUACAGCAGCAGCAGCUGCCUGCACAGUGUGGCCCCCCUGGCGGCAGCCCCCCAGGCGCCGAUCCCACCAGGGGUCCCCAGGGGGCGCAGAGCAGCCCCUUGUCUGGGCCCAGCAGAAGCAGCACCAGACCUCCGAGCAUCGCUGACCCUGAGCCCUCAGACGUGCCCGCCAGCACAGCAGCCACCAAAGCCCCUGGAAUGGAGCCCAGUGGCUCUGUGGCCGGCCUGGGGGAGCUGGACCCUGGGGCCUUCCUGGACAAAGAUUCCGACUGUAAGGAGGAGCUGCUGAGAGAUUACAGCUCCGAGCAGGGCGGCGCCCUCCCUGAUAGCAAAGACAAGACACCGGGCAGACAUCGCCGCUUCACGGGUGACUCGGGCAUUGAGGUGUGUGUGUGCAGCCGAGGCCACCACGACGACGAUCUCAAGGAGUUCAACACACUCAUUGACGACGCUCUGGAUGGGCCCCUGGACUUCUGCGAUAGCUGCCACGUGCGGCCCCCCGGUGACGAGGAGGAAGGCCUCUGCCAGCCCUCCGAGGAGCAGGCCCGAGAGCCCGGGCACCCCCACCUGCCACGGCCCCCCGCGUGCCUGCUGCUGAAUACCAUCAAUGAGCAGGACUCCCCGAACUCGCAGAGCAGCAGCUCCCCCAGCUAGAGCAGGCCCGGCCGGUGCCGGAGAACUUGGCAAAGCAACCAGGGUAGGGGAGCAGCAGGAGAGAAGCAUUAAAUGACCUUCAGAGAAAGUGGUGCCGCCACUGCGUUCUUCGCCCUCCCCGCCAGUCCUGCGUUUUCCCGCACCUCCAGGUACCGCUUGGGGAGUGGAGGCCUCUCCGCCCACAGGAGCACAGUGUCAUGGAGGGCCGACAGGGUGGCUUAUUCUCUGACUCGUUCCUCAUACCCGACCCUGUCCCCUUUUUCUCUUUUUGAGUCGUAUCUCGCUACCUGCCCGGGUCAGAGAGAUGUGUGUUUCAGAGGCCCCCACGGAGGAGGCCGAGACUGUGCCCUGAGGUGACUCUUGGUGGUGGAGUGGCUUUGUGCUCUGGUGUUUGGUUUAAGAGAACUUCUCUGUGUCUCAGUCCAGGAGAGGUGGCAGGGCUCAGCCCUGGGUGAAGAAGGAAGCCCUCAGAGGCCCAGGGAUUGUCACCCUUUGCUGCCAAGGUCUGCCGAGACAGAACUAGGCUAGUCCUGGGGGAGGAUGAGAGCGGACAGGCAGUUAACAAGGUUGGUAGGAGGCCUACUGCUCCCUCAAAUUCCUGGUCAUGAGGUUCGAUGUACCACUGUACAUCCAUGAGGGGCCCUUCCCAGCAGGUUCUGGCUGGCCACAGCCUGGUUCAGGGUGGAACAUUCUAUCACCUUCUUUUUGGUUUUUCCUUAAACAACAACAACAGUAACAGCAACAGCAAGCUGAAAACAAGAACUUGACCAGCAGGCCGGCAAGAAUUCUGUUCUGGAAAAGGGAAGUUUGUGGCUCUAUCCCAAGUUGACCUUCAAAGAGCCUGGCUGCUUUUGAGCCGGGAGGAGAUGUUUUGUGUGCAGGCUUGGGUGGGGGCUCUCUUAGAACUUCCGUGGGAGCACAGCAGAGCCCAAGCCGUGGGGGAGCAUCUGGUGUAGCUUGCCGCAUCUCUACCCUUCGGGCUGUGCCUGUAGGUGACCAGGGUCUUCUCCCCACCCAAUACACAGUCUGCAGGGCUGUGGGUCCUAAGAAAGGGCAGCCCCAUGGCCUGGCUUUUACAUAGUAUUUUCUCUUGAUUCUGAAUAAGUUCUUCUGUUGUGUUGUUUUUAUUUUUAUUUUUAAACUGACCACUUGGGAAAAAAAUGGCUUGGUUAUCUGUGGCUUUCAUGCCCUUCCCCUACCCCUCCGCAGCCCCCUUUUUGAGUGGGCUGACUGAUUUUUGUAGCCUCCAUAAAGAGCCUGAGUGGCCCAGGUAGGAGGGCGAAGGCAGGGGUCCGGAAGGACCGUGGGAUCCUUAUUACUGUGGUUUGGCUUCAGAUAACCAGUCGAGCUUUGAUAGGAAUAACCUGAUGGAGAAAGCAAAGAGCUAAAACUCACAUUCCCUGUCCAGUGCUGUUCAUACGAAGAGUUUGGUUUUCCCCCCACUCUUGAACGAUGAUAUUCACAUUAGGCAUUGAUGUUACAGUAAGAAAGGGAAAAAAAUAUAUAUAUAUGUACAAAAAUAGACAAAUCCAAGGCUGUGAGGUGAACGAGUGUCUGCGUUUGGAGUCCACAAAACCAAAAUCCAUGUUGAACAAAGUGAAGUCUGUGUACAAUGACUUUUUGGAUAACCUGUGUGUAUCUGUGUCUCGUGUGUGAGCCCCCAGCCCUGUUCUCCUGUGAAUAUACUUUGAACGGCAGCCAUUGUGCUCACGUCAACCACAUGCUUGGAGCAGAUAUGGCCCUCUCAAGGUAAUUUAUUUUACACAUUUACUGUUUACUGAACAAAUAUCUGACUGUGUACUCGGGUGUAUCCAGCAGCAUCGUCGAUGGCAGCCCCCCCGACCCCCCACCCCCACCCCGAUGUCUGCCAGAGAUAACUGUGCUCGGAGUAGAGGCUCUCCUCUACCCAGCCCUGCAAUUUGCACAUUGCUCCGUGGACACUCGGAGGCCUGUGUUCUGUUCCCCUGUAAGUGGAAAUGUGCCCUGAACCUGUCUGCCUCCCUCGGCUCCUCCUGGCCCUCAGUAUCAGCCCCCAGCGGGGUGUUCAAAACCACUCGGCACAGAAGGCGAAGGUGGGACUUCCGAAGCUGGAUUGGAUGGAUCUUCAGUGACAAGCUGGGACUAGCUGUGGCCCAGCCGUUGGCCCCUCCCAGAAUCGCCAGGACAGUUUGGCAGAUGCCGCAGUGCCACAGGGCUUACCUCUCUUUGCCGGGGGCCCUGUGCACGCAAGCAAGCCGGUAUGUGGCCAGAGUGGGUGCGAGUGCGUCAGCAGCCCUCGGAUGCCUUGCUUCCACCUUUAAAAAAAAAAAAUAAUAAUAAUAAUAAGAUAAAAAUCCCGAACAACUCACUGAAGUCUCAGAGGAGAUGAAGUUUUACCAAAAUGAAUCCUGCUUCAGUUAACUGAUCACAUGAAUGAAUCCCCAGCUGGAGUGGGGCACGGGUCUGCGCGCUAACUGUUGGGGUCACUGCAGUGUCCUGCCCUCCAGGCAUGAGAACAAGUGAACGCAGCCGCCGGAGCCAGGCUCGUUUCCCGCGGUCACACAGUCUGGCCCCUGCCAGCGGGACUCCCCUGCCAGGAGAGAGAUGGAAAGAGAGAGCAGGAGGACUGGAUAGGGGGCUGGGGAGAUCGGACUGAAUCUGGUUUUCCCCAUGAACGAGAAAGAAGGGGUUGGUCUGGUCGAGGGUUUGGUGCUACAGUCGGAAGAUUUGCAAAUGCUAACACAUUCCUGUGUGAGGCACAUCACCAUUUGUCAGUUGUUGUGAAUAUGUGUAUUUUAAGCAAUAAGAUUCCUCUGGUCAGACUUUUCUGGGCAGUCUCAGUGACGCAUUUCCUGUGCUGUGAUUGUUCUGAAGACAGAGUGGCUGUAACCACUGUGAGAAGCCCAAAUAAAAUCGAUCCCCAAAA